UUUGUCGAGCAAUAGAAGUCAGACACAGGAGACAAUCUAUUCCACGUUCCCAUUUAUAUAAAAUUCAAGGACAGACAAAACUCAUCUAUAGUGACAGAAAUCUAAACAGCACAAAAUUCCACUCGAAUAAUUCCAAGUUCCCAAACUUCCUCAGCCCCUUCUAAAGCCUCCACCGUGAAUGAUCCCCGCCAAUAGUGGAUCGUUGGCAACUCCGAAAGCUCUGGGUUCAGCAGCCAGGGCAGAAGCCGCGCUUCGAAAGGGUGGGGCACACGUCUCGGGCCAAUCCUCUGGUCUUCAGCUGCCAGUACUAAACAUGGCGGCGCCCACCCAAGCCGUGGUGGCGGGGGUGGUGACUAAGUCCCAGUCACGUGACAGCGCGCAACAGACGUGCGUCAGCUCACUUCUAUUUUUUUUUUAAAUCCUCCACAGAAUUUUAUUUGCUAAUUACAUACAACAUAAAGCUCACCAAAGUCAGCUCACUUCUAAAUGCCCACUUUUAGAUUAACCAAUGAACCCGAGUCGUAAGGCACGCCCUCUUCCCUCUCUCCACCAAUAGAGUUUCGGUGCCUCCCGAACAAUCCAAUCACCACUUCCGCCUCCCUUGAAUGAAAAGGCAGCGGUCCAGUGGGCAGAACCACAAUCGGAAGCAGGAGGCAGAAGCGUGGCAGGUUCUAUCUGGGCGCGCGGCGGCGAACUGGAGUUGGGCGGCUCUUCUUCUCAGCACGCGAGGACGAGCGGGGAACCAGGGCUUUUCUCUCCUCUGUUCUCAGCAUCAUGGCAGAGCAGGAUGUAGAAAACGAACUUUUGGAUUAUGAGGAAGAUGAAGAACCCCAGGCUCCCCCAGAGAGCACUCCAGCUCCUCCUAAGAAAGACGUCAAGGGAUCCUAUGUUUCCAUCCAUAGCUCUGGCUUCCGGGACUUUCUGCUGAAGCCAGAGCUUCUGAGGGCCAUUGUGGACUGUGGCUUUGAGCAUCCGUCUGAGGUCCAGCACGAGUGCAUUCCACAGGCCAUCCUGGGCAUGGACGUCCUGUGCCAGGCCAAGUCUGGGAUGGGCAAGACAGCAGUUUUUGUGCUGGCCACUCUACAGCAGAUCGAGCCUGUCAACGGACAGGUGACAGUCUUGGUCAUGUGCCAUACAAGGGAGCUGGCCUUCCAGAUCAGCAAGGAAUAUGAGCGCUUCUCCAAGUACAUGCCCAGUGUCAAGGUGUCUGUCUUCUUUGGUGGCCUCUCCAUCAAGAAAGAUGAAGAAGUAUUGAAGAAAAACUGUCCCCAUGUUGUGGUGGGGACCCCAGGCCGGAUCCUGGCCCUUGUGCGGAAUAGGAGCCUCAACCUGAAGAAUGUGAAGCACUUUGUGCUGGACGAGUGUGACAAGAUGCUGGAACAGCUGGACAUGCGGCGGGAUGUGCAGGAGAUCUUCCGCCUGACGCCCCACGAGAAGCAGUGCAUGAUGUUCAGUGCCACUCUGAGCAAGGAGAUCCGCCCUGUCUGCAGGAAGUUCAUGCAGGAUCCAAUGGAGGUGUUUGUGGAUGAUGAGACCAAGCUCACACUGCAUGGACUACAGCAGUACUACGUCAAGCUCAAGGACAGUGAGAAGAACCGCAAACUCUUUGAUCUCUUGGAUGUGCUAGAGUUUAACCAGGUGGUCAUCUUUGUCAAGUCUGUACAGCGCUGCAUGGCCCUGGCCCAGCUCCUCGUAGAACAGAACUUCCCAGCCAUUGCCAUCCACCGGGGCAUGGCCCAGGAGGAGCGCCUGUCACGCUAUCAGCAGUUCAAGGAUUUCCAGCGGCGGAUCCUGGUGGCCACCAAUCUGUUUGGCCGAGGGAUGGAUAUUGAGCGAGUCAACAUCGUCUUCAACUAUGACAUGCCUGAGGACUCUGACACCUACCUGCACCGGGUGGCCCGGGCGGGUCGCUUUGGCACUAAAGGCCUGGCCAUCACUUUUGUGUCUGACGAGAAUGAUGCCAAAAUACUCAAUGAUGUUCAGGACCGGUUUGAGGUGAAUGUGGCAGAACUUCCAGAGGAAAUUGAUAUCUCCACAUACAUUGAGCAAAGCCGGUAACCACAUGCCUCGACGGCCUGGAGCUGCCCAAGUGCUGCUUCAUGUCUUCUUCACACCAGAUGGGUCUCUCUUUUUAUUGUUCAAAAGCUGUAGAUUUGUGUAAGAAUAAAUUUUUAUUAUGGAA